AUGGCAUUUAGUAAUCAGAGUAAUUGGAGUAAUCCACAAUAUAGUAGAGAUGAACAGAUUCGCUCGGUUGAAGAUCUUGACAGAAAGCGAAGAGCGAUAUUCCAAGAAAUUGACAAUACUCAGUUUGGCUGGUUUCAUAUCCGAACAUGUAUAGUAACUGGAAUAGGAUUUUUUACAGACGCUUAUGACUUAUUUGUUAUAAAUCUGGUAUCAUCGAUGCUUGGUAUCAUAUAUUUCGAAGGCAAUCUGCCCCAUAAUAUUGAUUUGGGCCUGAAGAUGUCCGCAGCAGUUGGAACAUUAAUUGGACAAAUAUUCUUUGGAAUAGCAGCUGAUCGAUAUGGAAGAAAAAAGAUGUAUGGAUAUGAGCUCAGUAUAAUGAUAAUUGCUACUCUGGGACAAAGUCUCUCUGGUGAAUCACGCACGUUACCGAUUUAUACUUCGAUAAUAAUGUGGCGAAUUCUUCUUGGAAUAGGAAUAGGUGGUGAUUAUCCAAUGUCCGCUGUAAUAACAAGUGAAUUUGCAACAAAGAACAGAAGAGGUUCUAUGAUGGCGGCUGUAUUCUCCACUCAAGGCUUCGGAAUAUUAUCAGCUGCUAUAUGCUCUGUCUGUGUGUUGGCAAUCUAUAAAGAAGAAAUUCAAUUAAAUUCAUUGAAUGUGGACUAUGUAUGGCGUAUAGUAACCGGGAUAGGAAUUCUUCCUGCAUGUGUAGCACUUUAUUUUCGGCUCACAAUACCAGAGACACCACGUUAUACAAUAGAUGUAGAACGAAAUAUUGAUCAAGCAACGAAUGAUGUCUUGUUGGUCGUGAAGCAAGGAAAAUCUGCGGUUAUGAUUGAUGAUUAUACUUCAGUUUAUAUAGAUGUUCCAAGACAUAAUUGGGAAGAUUUUAAAAGUUACUUCGGGAAAUGGGAAAAUGCUAAAAUUUUAAUUGGGACUAGUCUAAGCUGGUUUGUACUUGAUAUUGCGUUCUAUGGAAUAGGAUUGAACAACUCGAUUAUUUUACAUGCAAUUGGAUUUAGUGAUUCCACAGAUACAUAUAAGCAAUUAUGGAAUAUGUCAGUAGGCAAUAUCCUUGUUAGUAUGCUUGGUACUGUUCCAGGAUAUUGGUUUACAGUAAUUUUUAUAGAAAAAUGGGGCAGAAAAUUUAUUCAGAAAAUGGGAUUCUUGGUUUUGACUGUAUUGUUUCUGAUCCUUGGUUUUGGAUAUGAAAUAAUAAAAGAAACGUCACUAGUUCUAUUUAUUACACUUUUUUCGCUUUCUCAGUUUUUCCUAAAUUUCGGUCCAAACUCGACAACUUUUAUUAUACCAGGAGAGGUUUUUCCAACUCGUUAUCGAUCAACGGGACACGGAAUCUCGGCAGCAUGGGGAAAAUUCGGAGCAAUCAUCGCACAAAUAGGAUUCAUUCAACUAAAAGAUAAAGGCGGACCAAACGCAUUUGUGAAUCGUUUAUUAAUUUUUUUCGCAGUAUUCAUGUUUUUUGGAUUUGUAAUAACCCAUUUCUUAGUACCUGAGACGAAAAAACAGUCAUUAGAACAAUUAUCAAAAGAAAAACAAAUUGGAUUUGUAAGGGAAAGAGUUCCACCUGGCCUUGUGGUACCGUUUCCAGAUGAAUUUUAUGAUGAUGAUGAAUAUAACGCAUAUCUCCAACAUCAAGUAGUGGCAGGUAGCAGUAGAGAUCCUCAAUUCAUGACCGGCUGGUCGGAAUCAGAGGUUGAACCCACACGGCUGGCUAAUGACUUCCCAAAAUGCGACACUACUCCAUAG